UGAAGCGAUCAUAACCGGACAUUCAUCUCCAAACUUCAGUAACACUCAGAUCAUGACGAAGUCCUGCACAGACGAAACGGAUAUGCUCGAGUCCCAAACCAACAGCGCGAGCUGGACUGACGGCUCUCAGCGCGCGGAUAAGAAGCAGAAGGACUCGGAAAACGACGAGGACGAGCACGAGUUAGAGGAGGAAGAGGAGGAAGAAGAGGAGGAGGAAGAGGAGGAAGGCGAAGGGAGCAAGCCUAAGCGACGUGGUCCGAAAAAGAAGAAGAUGACCAAGGCGCGCAUGCAGAGGUUCAAGGUGCGGCGCAUGAAAGCCAACGCGCGCGAGCGCAGCCGCAUGCACGGGCUGAACGACGCGCUGGAGAGUUUGCGCAAAGUGGUUCCGUGCUACUCCAAAACGCAGAAGCUGUCCAAGAUCGAGACCCUGCGCCUUGCUAAAAAUUACAUCUGGGCUCUGUCAGAGAUCUUGCGCUCAGGUGAGAGUCCGGAUCUGGUGUCUUUCGUACAGGCUUUGUGUAAAGGUCUUUCUCAGCCGACCACCAACCUGGUUGCGGGGUGCUUGCAGCUCAACCCGCGGACUUUCCUGCCCGAGCAGCAGAGCCAUGCACACGGUGCGGGUGAUGCUUCAUAUGCCAUGCAUCCUUAUUGCUACCAGACUGCCGGGCUACCGAGCCCGCCUUAUGGAGCUGCGGAUGGCGCGCACACGUUUCAAGCCAAGACCGCACACGCAUAUGGAGGCGCGCUUCUCUUACCGCCGCCACCACCCCCUCCCCCGCAGCCGCCCACAGGUUUGCCCCCGGAGCAGUUUUUCGACUGUGCGGACAGUCCCGCUGCUUCCUUCGAUGGACCCCUGAGUCCGCCUCUGAGCGUCAAUGGAAACUUUUCCUUCAAGCACGAGCCGUCGGAGUUUGCGUUUGGCGCAGGGCAACAUUACCACCACGCGCCGCAGGGACACCACCAUCACCACCAUCACCACGCGUCCCUGUACGAUUUACCCAUGGAGAACGUCGUGCCCUAUGAGGGUCACUCCCAUCACGAACGAGUCGUGCACAUGAACGCGCAACUGAAUGCCAUAUUUCACGAUUCGUGA